AUGUCGAAGAUUGCGUCCACCUUCUCGCGCCUUGUGCGCUUCGUCCCCAAAUCCAACCCCUCGAAGAUCCUGAUCGGAGAGCCGGUUGACCCCCAGGUUGAUGUCGGCCUGGCCCUCUACCAAGGCAAGGAGGUCACCGUGCGGCCCUUUUCGGGCUCCUCGGUGCUCAGCCCUGGCCAGAAGACGGAAGCCGUCGAGACCAUUGAGCGGGUGCUCUCUCCUUUAUCGCAGGCGGAAGUUGGCACUAUCCGCUGUGUUGGAUUAAACUAUGUCUCUCACGCAGCCGAAAUGGCCCUCCCAAUCCCCGACGUGCCGACGCUGUUCCUGAAGCCGUCAACCGCCCUGGCGGACCCCUUCCCGGCCCCGACGGUGCUGCCUAAGAUCACCCAGGUGGACAACACAGGCGACUACGAGUCGGAGAUGGCGAUCGUGAUCGGACAGGACGCCAAGGACGUCAGCGAGGCCGAGGCGCUCGAGUACGUGCUCGGCUUCACGGCGGCCAACGAUGUCUCCAGCCGGACGUCGCAGAUGAACCAGAGCCAGUGGUGUUUCUCCAAGGGGUUCGAUACCUCGUGCCCCAUCGGCCCUGCUCUCGUCUCGACCGCCCACUUCGCCGAUGCCUCCAAGUUCCAGAUCCGUGGCCUCAAGAACGGCCGCGUCAUGCAGGACUGCCCGCUGACCGACCUCAUCUUCAGCGUCCCCAAGCUGGUCUCCUUCCUCAGCCAGGGCACCACCCUGCCCGCCGGAACCAUCAUCCUCACCGGUACCCCGCCGGGCGUCGGCGCCGCCAAGAAGCCCCAGGAGUACCUCAAGGCCGGCGACGAGUUUGCCGUCGAGCUGCUUCCCCACGUCGGCACUUUGAUCACCAAGUUCGAGAACAACUAG